AUGGCGUGUAGAACUUUGCUGUUGAUGCUUUCAUUUGCUGGUACAAUAUUGUGCUUAGAAUCGACGGAUCUCAAUAACGACAACGAUUUUAAUACUUCAUGUCAAUAUGGCGACUGUGACAACGGCAACAUUCCAAUAGAUACAGGUGAUUCUGGAGAUACGGAGAGAGACAAUAGUACCAUCACUGUGGUAACGGAAAUAUUGGUUGAAAGUCUAUCUGAAGAAGAGUUUUACGAGCUGUUUUUGGAGCUUUGGGAAGAUGGGCUCAUCAAAGGAGAGAAAGGAGACCCCGGUCCACCAGGAUACCCUGGAGUACCAGGUCUUCCAGGAAAACGUGGCAAACGUGGCGCAAAGGGGCUACACGGCCAUCGUGGAAGAAGGGGACGACCUGGACCUGAUGGCGAUAAGGGCGAGCGUGGUAAUUCAGGUACCCAUGGUAGUCACGGAUUUACUGGUCAAAAGGGGAACAUGGGAUACACGGGACCUAUGGGACCUGAGGGUGAGAUGGGAUCUCCGGGUGAGGAUGGUAAACCAGGCUUACCGGGACCCAAGGGCGAACAAGGUUUGCCAGGUCAAAAGGGACUGCAAGGGGGCACUGGCCCGAUAGGAAGACAGGGUCCUCCCGGUGCAAUAGGCCAUCCAGGGCGAGUUGGAGAAACGGGUGCAAUUGGACUUAUGGGACUGAAAGGAGAUGAAGGGCCCAAAGGACCAAAAGGUAUGAUUGGCUCUCCAGGUCCACCUGGGAAAACCGGACAUAUGGGGUUUCGUGGACGCCAGGGUGACUCGGGGAAGCCAGCGCCAGACGGAAGCCCUGGUGAACCGGGUUUUGCAGGACGGAAAGGACCACCAGGAAUACCGGGUAACGAGGGUCCACCUGGCGAACGAGGCUAUCCAGGGUCACGUGGUAGAAAGGGAUUGGAUGGUGAUAUCGGUUUACCAGGUGAACUGGGCGAAAAGGGUAGCCGUGGCAGUAAAGGACCUGGUGGGGAAACCGGGGAUCCUGGCGAAACGGGUGACAUUGGUCUGCAGGGAUCCAUGGGUGAGCAGGGCGAGUCAGGAAAGAAUGGACGAAAGGGAAAUAAGGGGAUAAAGGGAAGACCAGGACCAAUUGGACCAUCGGGACCUCAAGGUGAAAUGGGUGCAAUGGGCAAGACGGGAGAUCCAGGAAAACAGGGGGACGACGGUGGCCGAGGCGAAGCCGGACUGCAAGGAGAACAAGGUGAACAGGGGGAUCAGGGAAUUAAAGGAAAACCAGGAAAAACGGGGAAAGUUGGAAAACGUGGAUCGACGGGAAGACCGGGAAAAAUUGGAAAACUAGGUGAAAAGGGAGAAAAAGGUGUGCUUGGAAGACCAGGUCAACCAGGAGAAAUGGGAUCUGUUGGUCCUCCUGGCUCACUUGGGCGGCGUGGAAUGCCAGGUCCUAAGGGUUCACCGGGAAAACCAGGAGUGAUCGGAACACCUGGAUCAAAGGGAUAUCAGGGACACCCAGGUGUCACUGGUAGACUUGGUGUUAUUGGGAUACAGGGAUCACCGGGUUUGAAGGGUGUUCCUGGACGAGCAGGACAAGGAGGUGAACCAGGAAUUAUGGGUCCAGUUGGACCGCCUGGAACCCGUGGGGUAAUGGGACGUCCGGGAACACAGGGAUUAACAGGCGAACUUGGUCCAGCGGGAGAACCAGGUCUUCAGGUACAGUGA